AUGUCCGAGCCCGCGAAAACCUUCAACGGCUGGCCAUUCACAGAGACAGACGUCGAAAUCCGCGUCACACACUGCGGCAUCUGCGGCACAGAUGUGCACACCCUUCGCUCGGGCUGGGCCCCAACCGACUACCCCUGCGUCGUCGGCCAUGAGAUCAUCGGCAUAGUCGAGCGAAUUGGCUCCGGUGUACCGACACUCAAAUCAUCGACUGCAUCCCGCGAAAUUCGAAUUGGCGACCGUGUUGGCAUCGGCGCUCAAAGCGGCUCUUGCCUUAAAGCGGACUGUGAAGCCUGCGCUGAUGGAGAGGAAAGUUAUUGUACCCGGAUGACUGGUACUUAUAAUGGACGAUACAGCGACAAGAGCAAAUCCUACGGCGGAUUCGCGGAGAAGUGGCGCGGUCCUGCCCAUUUCGUGUUCAAAAUCCCGGAUGCAUUGCCCUCGGCCGAGGCUGCGCCUUUACUUUGCGGCGGUGUGACUGUUUUCGCCCCGUUGAAGAAGUACGGUGUUGGGCCUGGCAAGAAAGUCGGGAUCGUGGGUAUUGGAGGACUGGGACAUAUCGGUAUUAUGUUUGCGAAGGCACUCGGCGCUGAUCAGGUCGUCGCUAUUUCGCGGUCGUCGAGUAAGAAGGCCGAUGCGAUGCAGGGUCUUGGCGCGGACUCAUUUAUCGCGACCGGUGAGGAGAAGGGGUGGGCGAAGAAAUAUUCUCGGACUCUGGAUGUGAUUAUUUCCACUGUUUCCGGUCCCGAUAUGCCUUUGGGUCUGUAUCUGCGAUUAUUGAAGCGGGAUGGUGUCUUUGUGCAGGUUGGUGCGCCAGAGGAGCCGUUGCCAGCUCUGGCGGCUUUCUCGCUCAUUCAGAAGGGCGUUAAAGUUACUGGCUCGAAUAUUGGGUCGCCCGAGGAUAUUCGGCAGAUGUUAAGCGUGGCGGCGGAGAAGAGGGUUUUGCCUUGGAUUCAGAAAAGGGAUAUGCGGGAUGUGAAUGCUGCGUUGGUUGAUAUGCAUGAUGGCAAGGCGAGAUAUCGGUACGUGUUGCAGAAUGGGGUGAAGGAAGCUAAGUUGUAG